AUGUCGAAAAUCGACCGCAUGAUGAUACAGGGCAUCCGCUCCUUCGGGCCUGAGAAGGGAGAGACGAUUCAGUUCACUGCACCUCUCACGCUCAUUGUCGGUUGGAAUGGCUCUGGAAAGACGACCAUCAUCGAAUCUCUCAAAUAUGCGACUACUGGCGAGCUGCCGUCAAGCAGCAAGACUGGAGGCGCUUUCAUCCACGACCCAAGUCUGCGUAAUGAGAAGGAGCUCAUGGCGCAGGUCAAACUGUCUUUCCGCUCUACUUCUGGAGUACGCAUGGUCGCUACGCGCAACAUGCAAGUCACCGUCAAGAAGAAUGCAAGGAGCCAGAAGACGCUAGAAGGCUCGUUACUCAUGAUUAAAGAUGGCGAGAAACAUUCCAUCUCAACCCGUGUUGCCGAGCUGGAUCAGAUCAUUCCUCAGUAUCUAGGCGUAUCCAAAGCCAUUCUGGAGAACGUCAUUUUCUGCCAUCAAGAAGACAGCCUGUGGCCUUUGAGCGACGCAUCCACUCUCAAGAAGAAGUUUGACGAAAUCUUCGAAGCCAUGAAGUACACCAAAGCUAUCGACAACAUCAAGAAGAUCCGGAAAGACAAAAACAUUGACUUGGGCCAGCUCAAAAUUAUCGAAGCCAAUGCCAAGGAGGACAAGUCGCGUGCGAAGAAGAGCGAGGAGAAGCAGGCCAAGUUGUAUGAUGAAAUAGAGGAGCUUCGAGUUUCCUACGACGAUUUGGAUGCAAAAUGUACCGAGGCGAAACAGGAAGCUUCAGACGCUUAUGACCACGCUGCGCGCUUCAUACAGCUCGUCGAAGAGCUAAAAGCCAAGCGUAACACCCUGGAUAUUCACAAGCAAAACGUUGCCGAGCUUCAAGACAGUAUAAAGGAGCUGGCUGAGUCGGACGACGAACUCCAGGACAUGCUAGAUCAAUACCAAGAGCGCGUCGCCACAUACUCCUCUCAGGCCCAAGAGUUUCGUGGCCAAUAUCUUGAACUUAAGAAUGAACUUGAAGAAAACAGAGACGCUCUUGGGGCGAAGCAAAGCGAAAUCGGUAAAUAUGAGGCGCAAAAGGAGCAGUAUGAGCGUCAAGUCCAGCAGCGCGAAAACUCCAUCAAGGAAGCUGCUAAGCGGCACGCCGUCCGAGGGUUCGACUACGACGUCAACGAAAAGCAGGUCGUAGAGUUUCAACAGAUCCUGAAUAAGAUGUCUCGCGAUCAGAACAAGGUUUUGGAUCGAACUCGAGAGGAGACACAGCGCGACCUACGCGAGGCGCAAGACAAUCUCAAUCAGCUAAACACGCGCAAGUCGGGACUCAGUCAGAGCAAGGAGUCUGCGCGGAACCAGAUUACGAACAACGACAAACGGAUUUCCGAGCUCCAAAAGACCAUGAACCAGAUCAAGGCGGAUGAGGGUAGCGAAGCCAUUCUCCAAGACAAAAAGCGAGACGUCGAGAAGCAGCUCCAAAACGCGACUGCCACAGCGAGUUCCGAACGCUUCGAUGAACGCAUAUCUGAAGCAUCUAGCAACGUACGAACACUCGAAGAUCAGAAGGAGAGGUUGACGACCGAGUUUGGUGACGCCUCAAAGCAGGCUCGCGAGUCUGCAUCUAUUGAUGUCAAGCGAGAUGAGUUACAAAAUCAGCAACAUAGCUUAGCGACCAUGAAGAAGGUGCAUGACCAGCGCUUUUCGCAACUGGUUGACCCUGAGUGGGAUCCCGCUACCUUAGAGACGACGUUCCAGCAGGUACUGGCUGAGAAGGUAGGCAAGGUCAAGGAGGCAGGGUCUCGCCGUGAUAUUGCACAGACCAAGCUGGACAAGGUCAACUUCCAGAUGUUAAGCUUGGAGUCGCAAUUGAAGCAGAAGCGCACUGAGCUCCAAAACUACGAAGCGACCGUUAGGAAAUCGAUACAGAAGGACGACGUCUCUGAUUUCGACGAAACCUUGCAACAACUGGAGGAGGAGUAUGAGGCGAGCUCUUCAGACAAAGCCAAGUUUGAGGCACAGGUUGACUACAUGAGCAAGUGCCUGCAGUACGCUGAGCAACACAACGUUUGCCGUCUCUGUAAGAGGACCCUUCAUGACGAUGAAGACGAGGACUUCACGACCACGGGCUUCAUAAGUGGACUCAAGGAUAUCGUCUCAAAGGCGAAAAAGAACAUGCAAGCAGACAACGCGGAAGAAAUCUUCGCCGAGCUUGAGGCUGCUCGCAAUGCUAAGCCCAGUUAUGAACUUGCAAUUCGUCUACGAGAUAUGGAACUUCCUGCAAUUCAGUCUAGCCUUACUAAGCUGACUGCUGAACGUGACACCCUCAACAAACAGCUUGAAGAUCAGGAUGCUGUCAUCUAUGAUCUGGAGGCUGUCAAGCAAGAAGUAGAAUCUUUGUCAAAAGAAGUGCAGACCGUUGUUGGGUACUAUAGCAGGGCGCAGGAACUCGAGGCGGAGAUUAAAGAGUUAGCGCAGAAGCAGAAGACUGCCGGACUUUCGCGAGGCAUUGACGCUAUUCAGGCAGACCUGAAGCGGGUGUCUGAGGACAGCCGUAGCGCUAGAACAACGCUCGAGCAGCUUACUGCUGCCAGAGACAAGUCGCGUAACCUCAUCACAACUCUAGAGCUGAGCGUGCGUGACAUCAACGCGGACUUGAACAGCGCACAGUCCAAGCUGAAGGAGAAGCGGGCUCUUGCUGAUCGAGUAGAGGAUUUCAAGAAGGAGAACAACAAGCAACGAGAAGCCAUACGCAGCUUCGAUCAGGAUAUCAACGACAUUAGUCCUGAGAUCGAGCAAGCGCAGUACAAGUACGACGACAUCAACCGCCGAGGCAACGAGCGCGUUCAACGCGCCCAUGACGAAGCUUCGAGGUUAUCCGACAGUGUGCGGCAGCUCAAUCAGGCAAACGAAGAGAUAAAUUCUUACAUCAAUCGUGGCGGCCCACAGCAGCUUACGCGUACUCAUCGGGAGAUCGAGAACCUACAAGGCGAGAUCGCACGCAUCGAGACGGACAUGUCUGAUGUGACUCGUAAGAUCAAGAAGCUUGAAGAUACUGUGCGCGAUACUGAAGCGAACAAGCGCUCCAUUAGCGACAACCUGCGCUAUCGAAAAGCUAAGCGCUCACUUGACAGUUUGGAAGUCGAGAUCCGAAAGCUAGAGGAGCUAGGCGCUGAGCGUGAUAAGGACCACUUCGAGCGUCAAGCUCAACAUUGGGACACGGAAUACAGGCAGCUAAGUAUUGCUAAGACAGGCGUGGAACGUGACAUGAAGAAUAAAGACGACCAGCUUCAGGAUCUCAUGAAAGAGUGGCAGGACCUUUACAAGAACUCUGCGGAGCAAUACCGCGAGGCUCAUAUCAAGGUAGAAACUACCAAAGCUGCCAUUGAAGACCUGGGGCGCUACGCUGGUGCUCUCGACAAGGCAAUCAUGAAGUACCAUACGCUCAAGAUGGAGGAGAUCAACCGUAUCCUCGCUGAGCUUUGGCGCAACGCGUACCAAGGUACCGAUGUAGACACGAUCCGCAUUGCAUCUGAUGGCGAUGGUAAGGGUAACCGAACAUACAACUAUCGUGUUGUGAUGGUGAAGCAAGACACCGAAAUGGACAUGCGAGGCCGAUGCUCCGCUGGCCAGAAGGUCCUCGCGUCGAUCGUCAUCCGUCUCGCGCUUGCAGAGUGCUUCGGUACAAACUGUGGUCUCAUCGCGCUCGACGAACCCACUACAAACCUGGAUCAGCAGAACAUCAAGGGCCUCGCCGAAUCUCUGUCCCAGAUCAUCCAGAGUCGCAGGAAGCAGGCAAAUUUCCAGUUGCUAGUCAUCACCCACGAUGAGCAGUUCUUGCGCGAAAUGAACUGCGCCGAUUACACAGACUCGUACUGGCGCGUUGGUAGAGACGUGAAGCAGGAGAGUUAUAUCGAGCGCCAGAACAUUGCUGAGGUAACUACACUCCAACCCCUUUCAAUGCUUUCGAAGAGCAGACACACCCUCUUGAAUAGGGUCCGCUUUGAAGAAUGA